UGUAUAGAAAACAUGAUGGCGGCCUCCAUGAAGAUAAACAAACUUUCCAGAUCUAUACUUGAUGCAGACGAUACAAUCAAAAGGAAGAGAUUGCGGGAAGAUAUACCUGUGAAUAUUGAACAUACCUGUACUGUGUUAACUAAUGAAUCAUAUAGUGAAUUCUUUGAACGAUAUUUGAUGACAAAUCGACCUUGUAUAUUGCCGUCUUUGAACACUGACUCUUGGAACAGUAGGAAAGAUUGGACUCUUCCAAAUGGAAAACCAAACUUCGAUUUCCUCAGAGAUGCCUUUGGUAAAGCCUGUGUACCUGUUGCAAACUGCAGAAAAGAGAAAUAUUCUUCACAGCUUAAAGAAGAGAAAAUAUUUUCUGAUUUCUUGGACUACUGGCAGAGCUAUAUAGAAUCAGGCUACUCUGAAGGCAUGGAUAAUCUGUAUUUGAAAGACUGGCACUUUAUUAGGGAUUUCUCCAAAUAUAAAGCAUACGAGAUUCCUUGUGGCUUCUCAUCAGAUUGGUUGAAUGAGUUCUGGGACACAAAAACUGACAAAGAUGAUUACAGAUUUGUUUAUAUGGGACCCAAAGGAUCAUGGACACCUUUUCAUGCAGAUGUGUUUCGGUCAUUUAGCUGGUCCGCCAAUAUCUGUGGGAGAAAGAAGUGGAUAUUCUAUCCCCCUGGUGAAGAAGAAAAUCUACGCAAUAAGAAUGGUCACUUAGUGUAUGAUGUAAAUUCAGCUGACUUACAUGAUGCAAACUCGUAUCCAAACUACAGUAAAGUAAAGUUAAGGAUAGAGGUGAUACAAGAGGCAGGGGAGAUAAUUUAUGUCCCAAGUGGAUGGCAUCACCAAGUCUAUAACCUGGAGGACACAAUCUCCAUCAACCAUAACUGGCUUAAUGGCUGCAAUGUAGACAUUUGUUGGCAGUACAUAAAGGAUAAUCUUAUCCAAGUCCAACGAGAGAUUGAGGAUUGUCGGGGGAUGGAGGAAUGGGACUACCAGUGUCAGCUGAUCCUAAAGGCUAACUGUGGAAUUGAUUAUGAAGAAUUUCUUCAGUUUAUGGAAGUCAUUGCUAUCAAAAGGAUUAAGCUCCUUCGAGAAUCGCCCAUAAAUCAGAAAGAAUGUGGAUCAGGAAAAAUUCAAGAUGUUGAUGUUAACUAUAAACCGAAUGAAAGAAGUUCUACAGAGAAACCAAAUGUUAGUGAAUAUGAAAACUCAGCAAUCAAUAUGAGAUUACCAAGUGAUAAUUUAGAUGAUGGACAAAGAAAUCACUGUGUAUUCGACCUUUACAGAGUCAAGGACAUACUGAAUGAUAUGAUCCAUACACCAGAAUUUAUUUCCUUACCUGGGUGUCAAAGCAGAGCAAACAUGCUUAUUACAGAUAUCGAAAAAAUUACGAACAGUUUUCUUAAUUCAUGACUUGUUUAAUCAUAGCAAAAUUAUACAACUAAUGAAUUUUGCGGAAUGAAAUUAUCAAAAUUAACUUGAACAAGGUCUGUUUGUGAAACACUAAGUCUCUAACCACGAUAAAAUGCAGUUAUGGAUCAGUCCAGUUUAUUUCAGAAGUUAUGAUCAAGAUUAAUUUUGCAGACAAAUAGACCAAAAGCAAGAUCUCCUGAUUUCCAAUCUGGGUCAUAAAAAAGAUGAAUUACAUGUAUGUAUUAUUUAGUGUCCAUCUGUUAGCUUUUCCAUUUCCAAAUUGUGUCUUUGAGACCUAGGAUCAUCAAACCUUGUCAGUGCUCAGACAAUUCAUCUUGGGAAAAACAUGUGUUGUAACCCAAAAGUAGGUCAUGUUGGGCUCAUUUAGGAAUUAUAUGGCUAUAUGUUGUUUUGAUAUGCUGUGGUUAAAUUGAUUCAGAUGUUGUAGAACAUAAUGUCUAAAUGUGUUCACAGAUGACAAGCAACCAUGGAUAGCAAAAUAUCAAUAAAUGAAAAUGACUACCAUUAAAUUAUUUUAUUGGUGGUUGUAAAAAAAAAAUAAAGGUAAAUUUCACUUG